UCACUUUGAUUGCCCCUUCGGCAGCGGAACAGUAUGUUGCCGUACUUCAACUGAGUGGGUGAGCAGUUUGUGUGUGACCGUGACCGUAACGCAAUGGAGCCGGACAAAAAGGAAAGGUUUCUCACAUCGCAGCUGGUUGACAAAAUCAUACAAUCGAAUGCCGAUCUGCAAGACUAUCGCACAGUGUCAGCGGGAGACCGUACACUUACCACACCCCAAGGAUUGGAUGGGUUUAUGUCGGUCAUACACCGGUUGACGUUAAAACUCACCCACCAAAGCAGCGGUGCUACGAAAUGUCUGACCGUGAUGGUGAAGGUAAUGAAAGGUGAUGAUAAUUUUCGCCAGAAAUCACUCGGACUCGUACUCUUCCCGAACGAGAUCCACGUUUAUUCGGCUGUGAUUCCGGCGUUCGAGCAGCUGUUGCGUGAUGCUUGCGCUUCGCUCGAUCUUCGCACGCUCGCACCCCGGAUCUAUCUGGCCGAGGCGGGCGUGCGCUAUCCCGCCUACAGCGACCAGGAGGAAACGUUUCUCGUAAUGGAAGAUGUGUCAGUGGCGGGCUUUAUCCCAGGGCCCCGGCUGAACCUUGAUCAAACCCAUCUGGAGCUUAUGGCACGCAAGAUAGCCCAGUUCCACGCCUGCUCCUACGCUCUGCGCGUUAGUGGACAGUCGGAUACGCUGGGCCAGCUGGUCAAACAGAUCAUUCCCCUUAACUUCCUGCAGGAUGGUAAAAUCUUCUUCGAAAGCUACGAUAUCGUGUUCAAGGUCGUUUUUGAGCGACUCUUUCGUUACUUCGACGAGAAGCCGGCACUGCUUCAACAGGCCAUUGUAGGGGACCGUGUCAGGGCAUUGCGGAGCAAGUAUGGUACCACUCCCUCCGUACUGAUGCAACGUUGUCUCGAGCGGGACGAGCAGUACUCGGUGAUUCUCCACGGAGACUACAACCGGAACAAUGUGCUGUUUCGCUACGAGGGCAAAGUGCCACAGGAUGUAAUGCUGAUCGAUUUCCAGGAGAAUCGGUACGGCUCCCCGGCUCUUGAUCUGUCGUUCUUCAUGUACAUGAACAUGCCGCCGGAAGCGUGGACGAACGGAGGCUGGGAUCAUCUGCUCGCAGUGUACCAUCGGGAGUUAAUGCAAUGUCUGUGUGACAUUGUCAAGCUACAACCAGACGAUGAGACACUACAACCGUACAGGUUCGACGCAAUGAAGGAGCAUUUGCAGAAGCACUUUAUUUACGGUGCGAUCAUAGCGAUCAAGUUUCUACCCUGUAUGCUAGCCAACGAGCAGGAGGUACAGGAGAUUGUGCAUCACUUCCACACGGACGUUACGGCGGAUGCAUUCCGUCAGAUCUAUCUCACUGCGGGAGGUGAAAUGGUGAACGAACGAAUCUCCAAGGUGAUGGUACAUGCCGCUCAGCAAGGCUAUCUGGAUAUGGUGGAUAAGGAAUAACGAAUCUCUUACUGCUGCUGAGAGGAUGAGAUGCAUUAGAACAACCUAUUAUGUAGAGGUUUAGCAUUAUUCUUUUAAACCAAAACAAUCAUAAACCAUCUAAAACAUU